AUGGCCAAUUUGCAAACAGCGCCCACUGAGGUGGUUCCAGAUGAAUUUCCAGCGGGUCUAAGGGUUCUUGUGGUUGAUCAUGACAUCACUGUGCUCAAAGCCACCGAGCAAAUGUCUGCUCGAUGCCGUUAUCACGUUACCACAUGUUCUACGGCUCUAGCGGCUUUGGAGAUUCUGCUGGAGAGAAAAGAUUGUUUUGAUAUGAUACUCAUUGAUGAUAAUAUGCCAGACAUGGAUGGCUAUAAAUUCAUUCGGCACAUUCAUAGCAAAACGAUCAAUAUUCCUUUCGUUAUGAUGUCUGUCAGCGAUGAUCCAAGUGAUGUCUUGAAGGCUAUUGACAAUGGUGCUUGUCAUUAUUUGACUAAACCAUUACAUGAUGAAGAAUUCAAAAAUAUAUGGCAGCAUGUGGUUAGAGAAGCCCGGAUUGAAAAUAAAAAAAAUGACAAGUCAGUGAGCUUGGGAGAGGAUGACCCAAAAAGACGGAGAAAUGAUGAUGUUUUCGAAUUUGCUUUGUCCGAUGCUGAUGCUGAUGCAGAUGCAGAUGCAGAUGCAGCACAAGCGGUUGUUCAAGCUCCACAGAAAAGCAGCAGCAGUUCACAAGAAACCAAUGCUGUUGACUCUGGAGAUAUCGUUUAUCCACCCCCGCCGGCAAAAAAGCAGCGUGUGGUAUGGACAACAGAAUUGCAUAACGAAUUCGUAAAAGCCGUGGAUCAACUCGGAGUUGAAAAGGCUGUGCCAAAGAGAAUUCUUGAAUUGAUGAAUGUCCCCUAUUUGACAAGAGAGAAUAUCGCUAGUCACUUGCAGAAAUUUAGACAAUAUUUGAAGAGAGAGACAGAGCAACAGAAUGAAAUGCCAAACUCCGCCACUGGUACUACAGAAGGUGCACUUGGGGUAUUUGACUUUCACGCUUUUGCUGGCUUGAAUGUUUCCAGUGAAACCCAAGCAGGAGGCCUUCAUAAUGAGCUCAUAGGUAAAAUAAUGCCUCAAGAGGACCAAGCUUCCCUACUGAAACCAUUCAUACAGUGGCCCAACCAAUCUCAUGCAGAACAUGCUAUGGUAUGUGGUGGUCAUCAUCUAGCAAAAUAUCCUUCUAACAUUUCCAUGAAUUCCCCUCAGUCAUCCAGCAUAGCUGUAGAAGAUGCAUCAUUAGGAUAUGGAACAUGGCGAUCAUCAGGCACAUUUGAUUCAGUGGGAGUUGGAAGGCUUGGUAUUCAGAAAAAUAAUGAACUGAUAGAUAUACUGCAGCUUAACCAGAAAAAGCUCGAGUAUCAACAAAAAGAACAGCAACUGCAGCAGCAGCAGCAGCAGUCACUUAUGCUCGAUCAGAUUCAGCCAUCUCGCUCGGUGAUUCCAUGUACUGCUUUACAGGAGGAAAAUAACGUUGCUUCUGUCAACCAGAAUGUCAGCUUUGGCAGGAAUUCUCUUACAGCUGAUUAUAAUAUUUUAGCACCUCAAACAAAUAAUUCACUAAAUAUUGCUCAAUUACCUGGUGAGAACGCCAAUGCUAGAGGAAUACUCUCUUAUCCAAGUCUUUCACCGGUGUCUGAUACACAAGUUCCUGAUGGUUCUAUAUCAGGUGAUUCACUUUAUCAAGCGUCUUUUAACAAUCUUUGA